AUGAAAACUUUUUGUCACAUAAACUAUUAUAGAAAAUUAUUCAAGAAUAUCCGACUGCAAAGAUACUAUUCAACUAGUGAAGGGGGCAACAAAAAUAAUGUCAAUAAUAUACGUAAUAUUGGCAUCUUAGCGCACAUAGAUGCAGGCAAAACCACUACGACAGAACGAAUGCUGUUCUAUUCCGGUACUAUUAGAUCUAUGGGGGAGGUGCACCAUGGAAAUACUGUCACAGACUACAUGGAACAAGAGAGACAAAGGGGAAUCACAAUCAUGUCUGCCGCAGUAUCAUUUCCCUGGAAGGAGAGUCAAAUAAACCUCAUAGAUACACCAGGACACAUAGACUUCACCAUGGAAGUGGAACAAAGCCUUGCAGUAUUAGAUGGGGCUGUUAUUGUUUUGGAUGCUUCUGCCGGGGUAGAAGCCCAAACCCUCACAGUCUGGAGACAAGCUAGCGGUUACCGUGUUCCCCGAAUCCUGUACCUGAACAAGAUGGACCGAGGUGAUGCAUUUCCCACAGCUUGCGCGAACUCAGUGAGGGACAAGCUACAGGCUCAACCACUUUUGCUGCAUACUGAUGUAAGACAUGAAGAUAAACUCAUUGGUCUCAUUGAUUUAAUAACACUAGAAGAAGUGAUAUGGACUCAAGGUCGUGGCAAGAACUAUGUGCGAAGAAAACUGUCAGAAGAGUCAGACGGGCACAAAUGGGAAACAGCAAUGUCGUACCACAAGGACCUGAUAGAUACACUAUCCAGCUUGGAUGACCAGCUAGCAGAAACUAUUAUAGCCCAAGAGACCUUGGACAUCAGUGCUAAGGAGUUAGAAGCUGCUGUCAGAAGGGCUACCUUGUCUAUGAAAGCAUUUCCAUUACUUUGUGGCAGUUCUUAUAAGAACAUUGGUGUUCAAACUUUAAUGGAUGGCAUCGUUUCAUAUCUUCCAUCUCCUGCUGAGGGUCAUAGGUUGUAUAAGAGCUUUGGAACGGACCUGGCUGCGAGAGCAUUCAAAGUUCAGCAUGAUGAUCAAAGGGGGGUGUUAACUUUCAUGAGGCUCUAUAGUGGAGAGAUCAGUAAGGGACAGAAGAUUUACAACUUGGGGCAGGACAAGAGUGAACAGAUUGGAGCAUUGUAUAUAGCCCUGGCUGAUGAGUACGAACCUGUGGACAGAGUUACCGCAGGGAAUAUAGCUGUUGUCAGUUCUUUAAAGGCCACCAUGUCUGGCGACCUGAUUACAUCCACGCAAGCGGCUGCCAACCGCGCCAAGACUCACCUGGCGAAACUGCUCCAAAGUCGUAGCAGUAAGGACGAGCUGAUGUUGCCCAGCGCUCGUCAAAGGAUCCAGGCUAUGGAGUCAGAACCGACUUGUGAAGAAUUAGCUGGUGUUUUGUUGGGAAUUGGUACAACAAUUCCGGAGCCAGUGUUCUUGUGUUCCAUCGAACCUCCGAGUUUAGCGCAGCAGACAGCUUUGGAAACUGCGCUGACAGAACUGCAGAGAGAAGACCCCAGUCUUAGGGUCACCACGGAUGCUGAAAGUGGACAGAUGAUCCUCGCCGGCAUGGGCGAGCUCCAUCUUGACAUCAUCAAGGAGCGUAUCAUCAGGGAGUACAAAAUUGACGUAGAACUUGGACCACUCCAGAUAGCGUACAGAGAGUCACUACUGGGAACGUCCCGUCACACGCAGGCGGUGGACAGGAAGAUAGGGGGGCUCAAGCAAAUGUGCAAGGUCACCAUGUCUGCGAAGACCAUUAAGGGCGUACCCCACGAUAAUUUGUUAAAGUUAGACAAAAGCGGCGACAGUGCAGCCAACCUCUCCCACCUACACCCGCGGAGCCUCCAGGCCAUCAGACAAGGAGUCAACACGGCGAUCAUGCACGGACCUAAACUUGGAUGCCCAGUGGUUGAUGUUCAAGUAACGCUGCACUGGUUCGAGAUGGGCCGCGGCACAUCCGAUUCCGUGGUCACAGCUACAGUGGCGCAGUGUCUACGGAAGGUAUUUGAAGAGUCAGAAUCAGUACUGCUUGAACCUCUAAUGUCAUUAGAAGUGGUGUGUCCUGAGAGUCACUCGUCACGUGUUCUGGCGGACCUCGCGAGGAGACGCUCGCAGAUUCAGCAUAUACAGAUGAGACAUCAGAACAAGGUAGUAGAUUGCCUCGCUCCUCUCUCGGAGCUGCUGGGCUACUCCACCACUCUCCGCUCACUCUCCUCCGGACUCGCCUCCUUCACGAUGGAGUUUCAUUCUUACCAGCAGAUGUCAGCUUACGACGAAGAAAAAGCCAUAAAGAGUGUCACUGGGUUUUAG